CGCAAGCACAAAUGAAAUGGGUCUGGACCAUAAAUAACGAAUGAAUGCGCACGGUUUAGAAUUUGGGAAUAGCAGUAGACUACAGCACAGCUUUCCAGCUAUCUUGCUCAGAUGCCUAGACACUGCUCCGCAGGUGGAUGCAAAUCCCGUGACACCAGGGAAAAUCGUAAGGCUGGCAUUACCUUUCACAGGUUGCCAAAGCGCGGAACCCCACGCCGGGACCUAUGGAUCAUCAACUCACACCGCAAGGGCCCACAAGGCCAGGGGCCAUGGGACCCCCAGAGCAACUUCAUCUAUUUCUGCUCCAAGCACUUCACCCCAGAGAGUUUUGAACUCUCAGGAGUUAGUGGGUACCGAAGGCUGAAGGACGAUGCAUUGCCCACAGUCUUCGAAAUGGUCACGCAGCCAGGAGGAAGAGGAGGGGGUGAAACUCCUAGAGGAAAGGGCAAACAGACUGUCAUAAGCCUACAGACUAGGAGGUCCCGCUCUCUGAAAGUGGAACAAGACAACCAGAAUGGCGCACAACAAGAAACUGAAGCAAAAAACAUAGUUAGUGGAGAACAAGUUCAGAGCUCUGAGACACCCAAUGGGGAACCUAAUAUCUGGAUGGAGCAGGGCAAAGCACAGUCCCUCCCUCCCACCCAUGGAAUAUCUGCACCGACUGUCGAAACACCACAGAGUCCCCCUCAACACCCAUCAGGCGCUUCACCCGGAGACCCUCCUGGCUCUUCAUCCUCUCCCCGUCCUCAUUCCCCAUCGCGAUACAUGCUGCGCCUACCCCCACCUCCCGGCUUCUACCUGCCGAAGGAACACAACUAUGCUCAGCACUGCCCCCUGGUGUGGCGGAAGCGUUACGACAGGGCCAUCGACAGCCUGGAGAAGUCCCUGCGUCUGCUCAGUGCGGCCAGGCGGCGGGAGAACCGGCUGCGGCAUGCGCUCCUGCGCCUCAGAGAGAAUCGUCUGAAACACACCCUGCUUCGCUCCCGGGACGGAGCUAAGGGCAGGGGAGGUCGAAUUCAGGGGUUGGAGAGGAGAGUACAUGGAGAUAAGGCAGGAGGAGGUGCCAGCCUGGCCGAGCCAGAGGAGACUGAGAUGGAUGGAGUGCCAGAGGACUUGGGGCUAUUUGAAGACGGACCUGGGGAACCGAUUGACUGGGGAGGGCGGGUCCGGACUACAGAGACUAAAACUGGGUUGGAAGAGGAGGGGGGUUACUGCUUCUACUGUGGAAAAGGGCGAGAAGACGAUGGGGUUAAAGUGUCCAGGGGAAGCUCUCAGAUAAGGAAAGGUGGACAGGGAACUGUGGAUGAUGGCUCUUGGAGUUCUCAGGUUGGUGAGGGGGACAGAGAUGGUCGAAGAGGAAGACAAAUUCCAAAGAAGGCUCGAGGUCAAAAGGUUGGAGAGGCCACAACAUAUGCAGGAGCGCCACAGGAAAGCUAUGAAAGCUACUACUAUCACUGUGGCGCGUCUGAGAGCGGUGAAGAUGUGCAGGUAGUCAUGGUGGAGCUGCCACCUGAGAAAGGGGUGAAAGCUGGCGUGGAACUUCACUGCAACCCUCAGCUGUCCAUCCCCCUGUUGCAAACACAAUCACAGGUGGACCUCCAGCAGAUGCAGGCGCAGCCCUUGGGCAGAGCAGCACUGCAGGAUACCCACAGCCGGGUUCAGUUCCUGCAGCCUGGCCCAGCCUCCCAGCAAGGGCUACUCCUCACAGACCUGAACUCAAUAGAAGCAGAGCCAGCGGACAGCCAGCAGCAGCAGGAGGAGCAGGUGUUCUGGAUGCAGGAGGGCCAACUGCUCUUAGUGCCUGUACCCUCCGAAGACUGGCUGAAGAGCACAGUUGGGAUGGAGGGAGUGGCAGAAGAGGUGGGAGCACAAAGCAUAUUGGUGUCAGAGGUGGGAUUUCCCAGAGACUUGGUGGAGGAGAAAAAUAGGGUGUGCUUAGAGGGUGAGGGUAGAGGGCUGAGGGUUAUAUUGCCCACUGAUGGACAGGGAGGCCACCACUCAGACAUCAGGACUACUGUGGUGAGCGGUGAUGUGAGGGAGCGGUUGAAAGAACACUUGGAGGGGUUUCAGCUCCAGCUUAGCAGUGAGUUUAUUGACUGAAGGCUGUAUCACAUUAAAGGGCCAAAGGGUGGAAGCCUUCAUAGAGUGCAAAGGUGACAGCAUACUGUUGUGUUUUAUGUACAUCAUCUAAGAUGGUGGAAUGUUAACUUAUAACUUAAUCAGAUGGAAAAGUCAAGAGGAACCAUUUAGCAGGACAAAUAAGUCAGUCAUAUUCUUACCAGCUUGUUAGCCAAAAAUGCAACCCAAAAUGCUUCAUAAAAAAAAAUUACAUUCCAUUUACUCACUUCACUUAGGCUUGUGUAGUAGAGAAGUGGUUCCCAAACUGUGUGGUGCGCCGAGGGGUCGGCAAGGUGCAAUUUGGAAAUUGGGUAGUGCAUCAUCAGUUUUCCUCUUGUCAUGUCAGUCAUUGCAUACCUUAGAGAGCUAUUUAUAACUUG